AUGGCGGAGCGGCGCGUGUCGCGCUGGUAUUUCGGCGGGCUCGCCUCGUGCGGCGCCGCUUGCUGCACCCACCCGCUCGACCUGCUCAAGGUCCACCUGCAGACGCAGCAGGAGGUGAAGAUGCGGAUGAUGGGGAUGGCGAUGCGUGUGAUCCGCACCGAUGGCUUCCUGGCUCUCUACAAUGGGCUCAGCGCCUCGCUCUGCCGGCAGAUGACGUAUUCCUUGACUCGCUUUGCCAUCUAUGAGACCGCGAGGGACCGCUUGGGCCAGGGCAGCCAGGGGCCUCCCCCCUUCUACCAGAAAGUGCUGCUGGGUGCAGUGGGAGGUUUCACUGGCGGGUUCGUGGGGACCCCGGCAGACAUGGUGAACGUCAGGAUGCAGAACGACGUGAAGCAGCCGCCCCCGCUGCGGCGCAACUAUUCCCAUGCCUUGGACGGCAUGUACCGCGUCCUCCGGGAAGAGGGCUUGAAGAAACUCUUCUCGGGAGCUACGAUGGCAUCCAGCCGAGGGGCCCUAGUCACCAUUGGGCAGCUCUCCUGUUAUGACCAGGCCAAGCAGCUGGUUCUCGCGACUGGGUUGCUGUCAGACAACAUCUUCACUCACUUCCUGGCCAGCUUCAUCGCUGGCGGAUGUGCCACAUUCCUGUGCCAGCCCCUGGACGUGCUCAAGACCCGCCUCAUGAACUCCCAGGGCGAGUACCGGGGUGUUAUCCACUGUGCCAUGGAAACUGCCAAGCUCGGCCCCCUCGCCUUCUACAAGGGCUUCGUUCCUGCUGCCAUCCGGCUCGUUCCUCACACCGUCCUCACCUUUGUCUUCCUGGAACAGCUGCGCAAAUAUUUUGGGAUCAAAGUGAUCACCUGAGUAGGAGGGAUGGGACCCUGCCUCACCCCGGGGGGUGAGCGUGCAGGUCACUGCUGAGAUCCCAGAACCCUUCUCCAUUGUCUGGGGCCAGCACCGCUCCCCCUACCCCUCACCCCCACUCCG